UGUAGUCCUUUGCAAUCACAGGGGGAAACUGCUUGAAUGGUAGCCUAUUCAUUUAUUUCAUUUAGGUGCAAUCACGCGGGGGAGAAGCGCACCUGGCUGCAGCUUAAGAUGAAAUAUAAAAACAAUGUUCAAACAGCCAACAGAAAGAAAGCAGAUGCCCGUAAAACGGGUGGCGGCCGAGCACCGCCACCUCUAACGGAGGCAGAGGCGCUGGCCCUGAGCCAGAAUUUUGGAAGGCCAGCGACUGAGGGAAUCCCUGGAGGGAGCUCAUCCUCUGAGCCCACCCCCCAAGACACAAGUGCCUUUAUAACAUAUUCUGAUGGUGCUAUCUGCCUGGUGGAGCCCCCUCACGCCACAACAGACCUUGUAACUGAUGAAGAGUACGAGGAGACUUUGUCUGCUGCCUUCACAGAGGGGGAACCAGAAAGGCCUGUAGAGGGCAUGGCUGGGCAGCAGCAGGAGGGUCCCUCAACUUCAACUGCACAGAUUGACACAUUACCAGUGAAAGAUAUCUAUAAAAUAUUUCUUCUGAAAAAAAUAGAAAAAACCAACAAAGAAAUGCAGUUCUUGGACCGCCAGAUGAGAAGGGCAGAUCUCGAAAUUGAAUUACUAGAGCACAAGUUAGAGGAAAUAAAGAAGACCAAAUGAAA